CUCCCGCCUCGAUACGCUUCCUUAGCAACGGGUUGCCUUUGGCAACAGGAGGACGCGGGGCCCUUGGCUGGGUUUCCCGCGCCUUCCUACACCUGCUUACCGUAGAAGGCGCAGGCCGAACCAUGUCGGAGAUUCUGUGCCAGUGGCUCAACCAGGAGGUGAAGGUGUCCCAGACCGUGAGUCCCAAGUCAUUUGCAAAGUCAUUUUCCAGUGGUUAUCUAAUUGGAGAAAUUCUGCACAAGUUUGAACUUCAGGGUGAUUUUUCAGAAUUUUCAGAAAGCAGAGUUUCAAAUGCCAAACUUAAUAAUUUUUCUCGCCUGGAGCCAACACUUCACCUUCUGGGUGUGCAGUUUGAUCAGAAUGUGGCCCACAACAUCAUCACGGAAAAGCCUGGGGCGGCAACAAAACUUUUGUAUCAGUUGUACAUUGUUCUUCAGAAAAAGAAGAAAAGUGGACUGACUGGAGUGGAAAUACAAUCCAUGCAACCCCCGGCAAACAUCAGACAGCAAAGCAUGAAAAGUGAGGCUUUUCAAGAUAGACUUACAAACCUGAUACCACUGAUUCAAACUGAUUUCAAUCUGAUGCGGGUUACACACAGGUUUCGAGAAAAAUAUAAACACAUGAAAGAAGAUCUUGUCUGCAUGCAUUAGAAACUUGAAAAAUUUCAAAAACUCAAGGAAGAACAAAGAUGUUUUAAUAUUGAAAAGCAACGCUUGAGCAGAAGACGACAAAAUGAAAUAAUGGCCAAAAUCCAAGCAGCUAUCAUACAGAUUCCUAAACCUGCAUCAAAUCGUACUUUGAGAGCACUUGAGGCCCAAAAAAUGAUGAAAAAGAAAAAAGAGGCAGAGGAUGUGGCUAAUGAGAUUAAGAAGUUUGAAGCCUUAAUAAAAAAGAAUCUCCAAGCCAAAGAAAGUGCCUCCAAGACUUCUUUAGAUACAGCCGGCCAGAAAACUACUGAUUUGUUAAACACUUAUUCGGAUGAUGACUAUAUUAAAAAAAUCCAAAAGCGCCUUGAGGAGGAUGCUUUUGCACGAGAGCAAAGGGAGAAAAGACGGCGGAGACUGUUAAUGGACCAGUUAAUAGCCCAUGAAGCACAAGAGGAGGCAUAUCGGGAGGAGCAGUUGAUUAAUCGGCUGAUGCGGCAGUCCCAGCAGGAGCGCAGGAUCGCUGUGCAGCUGAUGCAUGUUCGGCAUGAAAAGGAAGUUUUAUGGCAGAACAGAAUUUUCCGAGAAAAACAAUAUGAAGAAAGACGACUUAAAGAUUUCCAGGAUGCUCUUGAUCGGGAAGCGGCUUUGGCCAGACAAGCCAAGAUUGAUUUUGAAGAACAAGCCAUCAGAGAGAAGGAAAUUCAUGAACAGAUUGCUGUGGAAAGAGCUCAAGCUCGUUACAAAAAGCAUUACACUAUAUGUGCAGAAAUUUUGGAUCAAAUACUUGAUUUGUCCACUAAGGUGGCAGACUACCGAAUGUUGACAAAUAAUAUGAUUCCAUAUAAGUUGAUGUAUGACUGGAAGGAACUGUUUUUUAAUGGAAAGCCCAUAUAUGAGCAAGCCUCCAUUAAGCAUCUACCAGCUAAGCCCUCUGCAGAACAACUUACAGAACUGGAUAAGAGGGACUUGCUCGAUAGCAAUGAUUAUGAAGAAUAUAAGAACAUGGUUGGAGAGUGGGCCUUACCAGAAGAAAUGGUAGAAAAUUUACCACCCUCCAACAAUAGCAUAUUGGGUCACGUGAUUCACAGAUUAGUUGAAAAAUCUCAUCCUCCUCAAGUCAAAUCAACAGUAUCAGAAUUACCUUCAUUUGCUAUUAAAGGGUGCUUACUGGGGAAAACAUUUAGUGGAAAAACCACUGCUCUAAAGGCUCUACAAAAAGACUUUCCUAUUCAGAUACUUUCUAUUGACACUCUUGUCCAAGAAGCUAUCAAAGCAUUUCAUGACAAUGAAAAAAUCAGUGAGGCUCUACCAAUUGAGAAAGAAGCUGAAGAAAAGACUCCACCAGUUCUGCAAGAGAAGAGCAAAGAAAUCCAGGAUCUGCAGAAUGUGUCUUCACCUUAUCCAGCUUCAGAGGAAGCAUUGCCAGAAACAGAAGAUAAAACUAUACUUAGUACCGAUACAAAUAAAAUUAUAAACGUUGAAGAAGUCAAAUCAAGUGAUAGUUUCUCUGAACUGACUGUGCGUGCUCGGCUUGGUGCAAAAUCAGAAAAGUUGCUGAAGAAAGGAAAGAGUAUUUCUGACAUGUUGCUAGUUAACAUCUUGGUAAAUGCUAUUAAUGAGAUACCUGUGGAUCAAGGAUGGGUCUUGGAUGGUUUUCCAAUGACGUUAAACCAAGCAAAGCUUUUGGAGGAAGCUCUCACAGGCUGCAGCAGAGAGGUUCUAGAACUGGAGGAAAAGAGAGCACAAAUAUCCACGUUGGCUAUUGAUCCUACAACCUCCAAAGAAGUGCCUCCUCUGCCUUCUGCAUUUGAUUUUGUCAUGUUAUUAGAUAUUUCUGAUAAUUCCUUGCUGGAUCGCAUGAAUGACACAAUGACUGAAGCAUUUUCAAGUGAAACUCCUCAUGAAGACAUCACUCAAUGUGUAGCUGCUGAAAACCAAGAUAUGGAUGAGGACCAGAAUUUAAGAGAUCAGAUUCAGCAUAGGAUUAUAGGCUUCUUGGACAACUGGUUUUUAUUGGAGCAGUGGUUUACAGAGCCAGAAAAUAUUUUGAUAAAAAUCAAUGCUGAAGUAGAUAAACAGUCUUUAUGCCAUAAAGUAAAAGAAAUGUUUAUGACAGAAAUAAUGAAAAAAGAGAAUAAAGUUAAAAAGAAGUUAGAAGAAAAGGAAGCUGAGAAAAAAGAAGUCCCCCUGGCUGAGCCUCCGUCUCCUCCUCCCCCUCCCCUUCCUUCUCUUGAGCCAGAAAAGGAGAAGGAAACCCAUUCACAAACUCCUCCAGCAAAAGGGAAACCACCAUCAGAGUCCUUGCAUGGUAAGCAAGAAUCUCUUCAGGAAGGAAAAGGGAAGAAAGGUGACACUUCACUCAAAAGAAAAGGUUCUCCUAAAGGAAAAUCACCAGGAGGGAAAGCGCCAGUAAAGAAAUCACCUGCCGAUUCUACAAAUGUGUCACCUGUUCCCAUAGUGCCACCACCACCUAAGCCAGGAGCCGAAGAAUGGGUCUACGUGAAUGAACCAAUUCCUGAGGAAAUACCUUCCUUUUUAGUACCUUACUGGGAACUAAUAGAAAAUUCCUAUAUAAACUCCAUCAAAACAGUACUCAGGCAUCUGAGAGAAGAACAGCAUUCUGUGAUUUCUUACUUAUAUGAAGUUAGAACAAAUUUCCAGCAUUUUCUGCGGCGUCCAGAUCACAAACAAGAUUUUGUAUCUCAAUGGCAGGCUGAUUUCAAUGCUCUUCCUGAUGACCUGUGGGAUGAUGAGGAAACAAAGUCUGAACUACACCAAAGAGUAAAUGAUUUACGAGACCGCCUGUGGGACAUCUGUGAUGCUCGGAAGGAAGAAGCAGAGCAGGAGCGUCAGGAUAUCAUUAACGAGAGCUGGUUGCAGGACUCAAUCGGAAUAACGAUGAACCAUUUCUUCUCAUUAAUGCAGGCAGAACUGAACCGUUUCCAAGAUACAAAGAGACUCCUUCAAGAUUAUUACAGGGGAAUGGAAGGCAAAAUCCCAGUUGAUGACAUUAAGAGAUUUACUCGAGUCCCAUUGGUCCAACUGGAUGGUAGAGACAUUUUGGAGAGCCAGCUUCGAAUUCCUCUAAUUUCUCGAAUAUCCAUAUCCCCGGAUUCAGCUAUGUCCAAACCAAAAACAAAGGCCAUACUGAAGGGCAAGAUCGAUUACUCACUGGAAACUGUUGAGGCAAACUUUGAGGCAGAUGAGAAGUUGCUAAUGGACACCUGGCAGCAGGCUUCUUUAGCAAUAUCUCACAUGGUUGCUGCUGAAAUUCAUCAGAGGCUCAUGGACGAAGAGAAGGAAAACCUGCCAGCAGACACAAAAGAGAAAUCUCCUCAGAUGGGUACAAAUAAAAAAGUCGUAAAGGAACCACCCAAGAAGAAAAAGGCAGACAAAAAAGCAAAAGGCAAAUCACCGCCAAUGGCAGAGGCUGCGCCUGUGACAGGGACAGCAGAGGAGAUUGCCCAAAUGGAAAAGAGAAAAGAACUGAUGCUCAGAAUCAAGGAAGAACACCUUGCUGCCCUGCAAUUUGAAGAGAUAGCCACACAGUUCCGGCUUGAACUGAUAAAGACAAAAGCAUUGGCUUUUCUUGAAGAUUUCUUAACAAAGGUGGUCGAUGUAUAUAAACUCUUGGAAAAGUGGCUUGGUGAGAGGUACUUGAAUGAAAUGGCCAGUGUGGAAAAAUUAACCGAGGUGGCUCGCUAUCACAUUGAAACAUCUACAAAAAUUCAGAAUGAACUUUAUUUAAGCCAAGAAGAUUUCUUCAGUAAUGGCGAUAUGAAAGUCUUUCCAGACCCCCCUCCCCCAGUACGCCCCCCACCUGUAGAAAAGGAAGAAAAUGGCACCCUGACCAUUGAACAGCUUGAUAGUCUUCGAGAUCAGUUCUUAGAUACCGCACCUAAAGGCAUAAUAGGACAUAAAGCAUUUACUGACAUCCUGCUGGAUCUGGUAACCCUAAACCUUGGAACAAACAACUUACCUGGUAGUUGGAUGCACCUCACUCAACCCGAAUUGCAGGAGUUAACAUCUUUAUUAAUAGUAAACUUGGAGUUUGUGGACUGGCGGAAAUUCCUAUUAGUAAUCUCGAUGCCUUGGAUCAUACCCAUGGAGGAAGAGCUCCUCAAGACCCUGCAGAGGUUCAAGGCCGUGGAUGAAGAGCAGCUGGGCACCAUCACUUUCGAGCAGUAUAUGCAGGCUGGUCUGUGGUUUACAAAAGAUGAAGAUAUAAAAAUUCCAGACAAUCCUCUUGAACCCUUGCCAUUCAAUAGGCAAGAGCAUCUUAUAGAGUUUUUCUUUAGGCUAUUUGCUGACCAUGAGAAGGAUCCACCUCAACUUGACUACACACAGAUGCUGCUUUAUUUUGCUUGUCAUCCAGAUGCUGUGGAAGGUGUCUAUAGGGCCCUCAGUGUGGUCAUCGGGACUCAUGUCUUCCAGCCAAUCGAAACUCUUCCUGUUAUUGCAGAAAAGAUCUCCUCCUUGACUGACAUGAGUCCAGUUGAGGAAUAUCCUGAACUCGAGGGAAACUUUGUGAGUGAGGAAAGGGAACUAAGAGAAGACGGGGAGCGAAAGGAAGAAAUCCCUGAGUAUGUGAACACUGAAAAGAUUUCCAUGGAAAAACUACUCAAAGUGUUCCAAGGAGGAAAAGAAGUACAGGAUGCUAACAGAUUUGCCAGCCACGUACAGAUAGAGAACGCUUACUCAGAGAACUUCGUAAAAGUAUUUCAAGACCUAGGUGCCAAGAAUCUGGAGCCAGUUGAAGUUGCUGUUCUUCUGAAGCAUCCUUUUAUUCAAGAUCUGAUUUCAAAUUAUUCAGACUAUAAAAUCCCUGAUAUUAAAAUAAUUCUCCAAAGGAGUGAGCAUGUACAAGGAAGUGAUGGAGAGAGAUCUCCUUCGAGACUUACAGAAGAAAAGAAAUGAAGACAAGAGUGUGAUUUUUAUAAUUUGACAACGAAUCUUGCAAACAUCAAUGUAAACAAGGUGUUGGUCAUAUAUGUUGUCAUUGUAGGUAUAGAAAUGACCCCUACCAGGUUAUGAGGAGCAAUGAAAAGGGGGCCUUCCUUAACUCAGAGAAUAUUCUAUAAUAAACCUUAAUUACAGAGCAAAAAUCCAAAUAAAGAAGGAAUGCAUUUUGAAGUGAUUCUGAAAAUAGAAGGCAUCAGACAAUAUGUUCAAAAAUAAACACACACAUAAGUCAUGAAAAGUCCCUCUGAGAAGUAAGGAAACAUUAAGCAAACAUGGUGAAAAUCCCCCGAAGCUCCACAUCAGGGAAGUACUGAUAUGUACAUUUUGUCGUUCUUGCUCCACAUGCAGUAGAAUUCUAAGGUCCAUCCCACUAGCCAAAGAGAAGGAUGCAUCAUCAACUGCUGGUACAGCCACCUCCUAUCAUCUAUUCCUAACCCUUCCCUAAUAUAAUACAAUGUUUCCCAAAUAGAUGGAUGUAUUUGCACAAUUAUAU